GGCGUAUUGCGUAAUCUGCGCUGACGCCGCCCUACGCAGCCUGUAUUCUCUGUGCCGCGCGAGUGGUGUUUGCCUGCACUGGAACGGGAUCUCGGUUGCUUGUGUACAGAAGAAUGGCCAGUCAGUCAAUGGAUAUCGUUGCGAAGGCACUGGAGCACCAAAUGCUCCAGUCAGCACGGAUGGUGGAGGAACAGCUGGAUGCGGAGUUGGGGAAACUGGAGCGGAUGGACGAGGAUGAACUGGAGCUGUUAAAAGUGAGGAGGUUGGAGGCUCUCAAGAAAGCGCAGAAACAGAAGCAGGAAUGGAUGUCUAAAGGACAUGGAGAAUACAGAGAGAUCUCAAGUGAGAAAGACUUUUUCCCUGAAGUGAAGGACAGUAAGAGUGUGGUCUGCCAUUUCUACAGGGACUCAACUUUCAGGUGCAAAAUAUUAGACAAACACUUAAGUAUCCUGGCGAAGAAGCAUUUGGAGACAAAGUUCAUCAAACUGAAUGUUGAGAAGGCGCCCUUCCUGACAGAGAGGCUGAGAAUUAAGGUCAUUCCCACACUGGCCCUGGUGAAAGAUGGAAAAACCAAGGACUACGUUGUGGGCUUCUCCGACCUGGGAAACACAGAUGAGUUCUCCACAGAGAUGCUGGAGUGGAGGCUGGGCUGUUCAGACAUCAUCAACUACAGUGGAAACCUUUUGGAGCCACCCACAGCAGCGCCAAAGUCAGGGUCAAAGUUCACCAAGGUGGAGAAGAAGACCAUCAGAGGGAAAGGUUAUGAUUCAGACUCCGAGGCUGAUGAUGACUAGAGGACUCUGUUGACGCUCUUGUUCAAUCUCAGGGCUUCCUUCAUAAAGUCCUCAACCUAGCUGGGUGCACAUCUUUUACAUUUCCGUUUUCCUUUCAUUCUUCUAAGGGAUCUCAUCCAUUAAGUUAGUAUCUAAUGAUGUACAAACAAAUAAACCCUAGUCUGUUUUUAUUCUGUGUGUUUGUGUAACUUAAACUUGUAGCCAUCAUGUAUUUAUUUUUCCCCCAUCAGUGUGCCUCAUUUUUUUUUUUAUUAUUAAAUGGAAAACAAAUCAUUUUCAUAAGAGUUGGUAUUGUUACUUUAGACACCAGCUCCAAUGAGUAUGAUAGUUGGCAACUGUACUGAGGCUGGAAAUCUGUCACAUAAUUGACCAGUAAUGGAUUUUCACAGACAGUAAUAAAGUUAAUUUAAUGCUUGUUGACUCAAAACACCCAUCUUCAAACACCAAAGCAGUUGUACCUGUAUUCUACAGCACAGAUACAAUGGAUAUUUUCUGUAUUAUAAAUAUAUACAAAAUUCUUUUGAAGGAAUAAGCCUUCAGAACUUAAUUUAAGUAUGUUUUUGACAUAUCUUCAAAAGUGCUCCCUAGCUCCUGGUGUUGUGAGUUCAUGGAUUAUCUGAUGGUACCAGCAGCUUACUGAUGAGACCAAAAUGAGGUUUGAAACACACACACACACACGCACACAGACCUUGCCAAGACAUAUUGGUACCUAAAAAGGGGACUUUCUAUCAAGUGACAGUCUUCCAUUUGCUAACAUGCUACAAUUUUGAAGAGUCCAAUUAAAAUGGACGACAUUUGACUUUGGUGCUCUCUGCUCUAGGGUUUAUUCACAUUCUGGCUAGGAGAGAAUUUAUCAAGUGCCAAGGAAGCUAACUCAAAGCUUUCCAGAAACAACCUUUUCUUAGUUACUGUCUGUGAGUGAAGUUCUGUUAAAGUACUACUUUAUCCUAAUAAACAAUGUUAAAGGUU